AGCAGUCAUAAUAGUGAGUUCCGUUUUCCACAGCACAAACCGUUUCACGAAGCGGAACUAAACGGUAACGAGCAUGACUGCAGUAGGGGGUUUCGCUCUUUUCAUGACGCUGUCAUGCGUUUCUUCGUUUCAGGAGGAUGGUUACUGGCCACCCGACGUUUGCGGUAUAACAGUGCCAAUACCGAAUGUUAUAUAUGAAAGCUGCGUGGACCGAUGUGGAAACCAGGGAACUUAUUUUGGAAUUGUGCAAGAUGGAGCUCCAUGUUACGUGGCACCAAAUAUGGUUACUCAUGGCGGCUAUUUCAUUGGCGUUUGUGAUCGGGGCAUCUGCCUGCCUUCAAGUAUCACGUGUGAGAACAAAAACCCACGCCCGCCUGAACCUCGAAGUUCAGAAGGGGAAUACGAGUACGAAGAAGGAAAUGACGCCGUCUAGUUAAGAACGAACUCGUUGCAAUAAAAGUCCUGACGCACAGAUA